AUGUCAUCGCAGGGAAUCAAUGCCUUCGACAUUCAGUCUCAUCUUUAUUCCUCUUUUCUCCAAGGAAGGACGCCAGAUGUAGCCCUUCGAGUAUCAGGUCGAUGGCAUGCCGUCUAUCAGCUCCAUCGGGUUGUCCUCAUCCAGUCGGACUUCUUCCGCUCUCUCUUUACAUCUGGAUUCAGAGAAUCUGUCGAAGAUGUUCGAAGCCGCCGUCGUGGAGCAGAUGAAAUAAGCAUCAUAUUCGACGACGCUAACAUCACACGGGCAGCAUUCGAAAUAUGCCUGUCUAGACUUUAUGGAGGCGGGCCACCUCUCCAUCUCCCCCAAUCUCUGGUACCAUCGACAUCUGAACCUCUGUCGACUUCGUUCAUAUCUGGUAUCCUCCCAGAGCCAGUGCCUGAGGGAUAUCAUCCUGCAACGCCACGGUUCCUCUUGUCUCUCCUCGCGACCUCCCUCUACCUAUCUAUCCCAGCCGUCGCCUCGCAAGCGCUCUCCAUGAUCUUCAAGACCAUUGGCCCCUAUACGGUCACAACCUACCUCAACUUCGCACUUGGCAAGUCAAUUGACUAUGCAGAAACCUUGUGGGCGGAUCCAGAGGCAGGAGUUGGGCUUGAAAAGGUCGCCGAGCUCCUUGACGACGAGGGCAACUCCUUAUCUCCAGAACCAGACGCUGGCGAGCUAUCCGCCAAGAUAUCCUCACUCAGAGUGGAAGGAAAUUCAUCGGGGUAUGACACAACAUCUAAAUCAUCGGCAGUUUCGCUGAGCGAGACAGACUCGGUAGGCACUCCUCAUCACUAUGGCCCUAUCUCGGAUAAAAUAGGGGCUGCGUGUUCGUGCUGGAUUGCCCGCUGGGCACCCGAGAUGCUCGCGUUUGAACAAGAGAAGGAGGCCAGUGCAUCUCGACCGACUUCUCCGGCGGUACAAGAACGCCCUGUCCGUGCCGAAGGAGUAUUGGACGUAGUUUCAUCCGGUGGGCCCUACAUCUGGCGGAGAGGGGGGUUGCAUGCGUCAUGGGUGUCCGCUCUGAUCUCCUCGGACACUUUCUUUGUAAAGAAUGAGCGGGAACGAUAUGACUUUGCUCGUUCCGUCGUCGAGCUUAGAAGAAAGCACGGGAUCAUCCCAAACGAAGAGCGACAUUGGACAACGAUGUUCGAAACUGGAAUCUACUAUGCCAAUAUGCCAGCCGAGGAUCUCAUAACCCUCUCUCGAGAUACCUCCCCGACAACCAACAAGCCAUACGUGUCCAAGGCUACACUAAAGGCCGCAAUGUGGAGUCAGUCACUCCUUAGACAUCAAAUCACAUACCGACCCCCUAGCUCGCCUGGCUCCCCUGCGUCACCGCCCCCGCGCGACAAGGAGAUCGGUCUAGGAAUCCCUACCCAAGACCUGGCCCACAAUACUGACGACGAGAGCAGCACUCCUCAAUUCUACUAUCCAGUGUUUGGAGAUGCAUCCACCCGUCUCGGAGACAAUGGCGGAGAAGCACAAUCACCGUCCGACGGCAAAUCAGUAUCCAUGGAGGAACUCUUCCUUUCCCCUCCCGCGAUCAACCUCACUCGUCAAACCGUCAGCAGAGGGUCGACCCAUAAGGUUCCCGUUGAGGCCUCAACUCCCAGAAUACCUUCUUCGGAAGAGAGCGUGUUCGGACUUAAAGCAGAACGAUACACGCUCGAAGAAUGUGUUGCAGCAGACUCAGCUAGUACGCGUCGCUGGACGUCAUUCCCCCCAACGCGGUUUGGAGUCGAGUUCUGGGACAUCGACACACUAAAGGAAAAAUCAAGGCUGCACUCGCAUACAAUCUGGCAUGCUGGCAGUCUGUUCAAUAUCUACAUCCAACUCGUCAAGAAGAAGGGUCAAAUCCAACUUGGCAUCUACCUUCAACGCCAGUCUUCUAUCGAGCCCAUCCCUUCCAUCAGCGCGCCCAGUCCGGAUUUGUCCAGAUCAGUGUCUGACGAAGACUCGGGCACGACGAGUGAGCGUUUUGCGACAAUUUCUCACCGUCCGGUAUCACCCAGAGAAUCAUCGAUGUCCCCAUUCCUGAGUCGGAUGGUCGCUGGCCCUUCUUCUCCGACCCUCCACUCCUCGCGCAGCCUCAACGUCCUCGAACGCGCCCGCUCGCAAACUCUACCAUCUUCGUCUAUCUCCCCUGCAUCCUCCUCAUCCCUCUCUUCAACCCCAAACAAUAACUCCAACGGCUUUGGCACGCAGUCCUCCGUCACCCUCCCAUAUACCUCGAAUGGGAUUGCCCCCAUCCAGCCAUACCGAGACCCUCGACCCUUGAUUUCAGCCUACUUCAGCAUUACAUGCGCCAAUGCAACUGGAUCCUCCCAAAUGAAAUUUACCAGCUCACCAGAUGUGUUUUCCGUCGGCCAGAGCUGGGGCUGGAAGACCAGUUCGUUGAGGACGGAGGAGUACAUGGAGAUUCGACCGGAGGGCAGUUCAGAACCAAUUAUUCGUGGGCGCUUGAAGAGUUUGCGCGCAACGGUGGUGUUGGGUCUGACCUAG